AUGACAGAUGUCCCUGUUUAUCGUCGUUUGCGACCGCAAAUUAUCAUCCACAUCCCGCGCGGUGCAUGCGGUGAUCUUUCCCCAUUUGUCUCCCGUUAUUUCGGCCGCCGAAGUCCGCCAGAAACCGAGCUUUACCCACCUUCCACCAUCACCAUGCAGACUCCCAAUUGUGAAUCUAGCCUCAACCUAGCCUUGCAGUCCUGCCAAUCCUGCAGGUCGCGCAAGAGGAAGUGCGACAAGGCACUCCCCACAUGCUCCCUCUGCGCUAAGCGCAAUCGAAAUUGCGAAUAUUUGAGACCAGAAACGCUCGGUUACUCAGCCGCCACUUCAAGCCCGGAGCGAGAAUGGUACCCCUUUCUCCUUGACGAGCAGGCAGAUGUUCAGACUAUUGACUUUCCAACCAUCUUGUUUCUCGACCCGGCUCUUCUACAGCACGGCUUAGUGGAGGCGUCACCUGCGAUAGGGACUGUCCCGCGGUAUAUUUUACAACUAUUAGGCAAUUUGAAUGAAAUCCAGCUCACGGCAACGCGGUUUUUCAACCAUAUUCAUCUAUGGAUGCCCUUCAUCUCAAAGAAGCGGUUUUACGACUUGUACCUGCGGCCCUCAUUCCACUCGAGGCCUGAUGUCGUUCUUCUUUUAUUGGCGCUGAGGCUCAUCACUACUUUCCCACCGGCUGGUUCUCGCAGUCCCCGGACAGUCUUGUACAACUCAACUAAACAUUUUUAUUUAAACGUCGAAGGAUCUUUCUCUAUCUUAACACUACAAGCUGGAGUUCUUGUUGCUCUUUAUGAGCUAGGACACGGGAUCUACCCGGCUGCAUUUUUGUCGAUCGGGACUUGUGCGAGGUAUGCCCAUGCCUUGGGCAUUAAUGUCAGUCGUACGGUGCCCAUUAGAAGAGUGCUCACUUUGGUGGAAGUUGAGGAGCGACGAAGAGUCUGGUGGGCUAUCGUCAUUUUAGACCGGUUCGUCGCAGUCCACCAUGAGUGCCGUAUUUGGAUCCUAAUGCCAAAAAGUUUUGUGAGCAUCGGCUCUCCAGGACGGCCCUUUGCAACUGCGGAACCAAAAUUGGAUGAUCUUUUACCGGCCGAUGAUGCUGCAUGGGACCAGGGGACUGUCAACCCCGAUAGCCUUUCGAGGCUCUCGUCCCCAAUGACGGGACACAUGAGUAAAUUUGCUCUGCUUUGUCAAGCUGCCAGGCUAUUGGGACAGGUUCUCCACCACCUCUCAACCGACUUGACCGGCGAAGAUGAUGUUUGGAUACAGCUCGAUCGUACCCUUCAGUCAAUGCUAACCGCUACAUUGAAUAUUGACCGCCCAGACUAUGAUCAAAUCACGUUUGUGUACAGGUUAGUACUACGAUCAUCACCAUUCACUAAUACAGACCUUGACACCAAGCUUAGUGCUCUAGUCGCCCUACACACGCCCUGGCUAUCAUCCAAUGCAGUCCAAAAACUUGACACCCAUCGUGCAAAACGAGCCAAGGCUAUCCUUCAACAAAUUACAGAGCGUAUUAGUGCGAAUCUGAUGGAGCGGCAAUGCUUCUUAGGUCGGAAUCCAGAGGAUAUGUCCCCGUGGGGUCUUUAUUUUGCCUAUCGCAUCUGUGGGGCCCAUAUGCUGACCAGUAGUAAAGCACCGCAUAGUCUUGAGAUUGUUAGGAGCCUGCGUGAGGGGUUCAUGAGUAUUAAUGUACGAUGGAAUGUUGCGGGUGUUUAUCUACAGUUAUUAGAGGCCCAGGAGGCUGUCAAUCUAGAGGCGUGA